GCAGUCUUCACCAGAGCCCGACGGCCUGAGAGCCUUUCAACAAUGCCAGUGUAGUUUUCACACCGCUUUGGAGUCAGACUGCCUCAUUCUUUGCUAAUUAAAUAAAACAAACCCACGCGUUCGCUCUCGAAGUAUGACUGGAGUAUUCGACCGGAGGAUCCCGAGUGUGAAACCCGCAGACUUCCAGAGCUCCUUUCAACUCUCCGCCAUGCACCAUCCGUCUCAGGAAUCUCCUACUUUACCCGAGUCCACCGCCACGGAUUCUGGCUACUACAGUCCCGCCGGUGGAGUCUCUCACGGCUACUGCUCGCCCAGCUCCACCUCAUAUGGGAAGCCUCUCAAUGCUUACCAGUACCAGUACCCGGGGGUAAAUGCGUCCGCUGGAAAUUACUCGACAAAAUCCUACACUGAUUACAGCUCGUACACGACCCCCGCCUACCACCAGUAUGCUGGGACUUACAGCAGAGUGCAAGCCCAGCCGAGUCCACAAGAAAAAGAGAUAAGUGAGCCUGAGGUGAGGAUGGUGAACGGCAAGCCGAAGAAAGUGAGAAAGCCCCGGACAAUCUACUCCAGCUUCCAGCUGGCCGCCCUGCAGAGGCGGUUUCAGAACACACAGUACCUGGCGCUGCCGGAGAGAGCCGAGCUGGCUGCCUCGCUGGGACUCACGCAAACACAGGUCAAAAUUUGGUUCCAGAACAGGAGAUCAAAAAUGAAGAAAAUCAUGAAAAACGGCGAGCUUCCACCGGAGCACAGCCCCAGCUCCAGCGACCCCAUGGCGUGCAACUCUCCACAGUCCCCGGCCGUCUGGGACACACAGGGCCCCUCCAGGCCGCACAGCCUACAGCCACAAAACAUCAACACGACGGCUACUAACUUUUUGGAAAACUCGGGGUCAUGGUACACCGGCAGCUCCAUGACUUCCCACCUGCAGACCCCUAACUCGAUACAGCACUCAUUGGCUCUUGGAGCGGGGACGUUAUAUUGAAAAACCCUGUUGUUCAUUUCAAACUUUUUUUUCUCCUUCUAUGGGACUCGUGUUCAAAUUUCAGAGGAAUAUGCAAUGUAUUUGAUGACAGUCAUAGAAGAAAACGUGUAAAAUGUGUAAAUGUGUGCAUGUAAUUUAUUGCAUUUUGGAAGAAUAUUAAACGUUUAA